CACUAUUAAGUGAAUCUGUUGAAGUCAGAAUGAUUGGAAUUUGUGGCAUAGGGGGUAUAGGAAAAACAACUCUAGCAAGACUUAUAUUUGAGAAAUAUUCUUAUAUGUUUGAAGGCUCCUGCUUCUUAGAAAAUGUACGGGAAAGAUCAAGAAACUAUGGACUAACUGAGUUACGUCGUCGACUUUAUUUGGAGCUCUUACAGGGAAAAUUUUGGCAAAAUAACACAGGAAAAUCCACUUUUGUUGAGGACAGGGUAAGCAAACAAAGAAAUUUCAUAGUUCUUGAUGACGUGAGUAGUUUAGAGCAAUUAGAUUACCUGGUUCAGAAGCUUCAAUGGUGUGGUGCAGGUAGUAAGAUCAUUAUCACAGCUAGAGACAAAAAUGUGCUGGUUCCAACAGUUGAAACAAUAUAUGAGAUGAAGAUAUUAGAUUCUCAUGAAUCAUUUAAACUGUUUAGUUUGAAUGCAUUCAAUGAAGACUAUCCACAAAUUGGAUACGAGGAGCUAUCAUGA